AAACUCCAAACUUGUUUUAACAAAUACUAGUCUUCGUUGGGCUUUUUACAUUCUUGUUUUUGGGUCACCAAUAAGAAGAGACCCUUUCUAUCUACAUUCCUACACAUUAACAUGUACUUGGAUGUAGAAGGGCAAAGAAUUGUUCAGAAAAACAUCUGCAACCUUAUUUAUAACUCUUUGAUUUAAUUGGCGAUCGUUUUCAACAAUUAAAACCAAUGAACAUCAACCCUGUAUAUCUUCAAGAUAUUUUUUCUUGUUUUACUGAUAAUUUGGCAUCUUGUUUACAUUAUCAAUAGAACCACCUUCCAUAUGAGGAAUUUUUCUUAACUUCCAGAAUAUAAAUAUUCUUAACAGUAUUUUAUCUAUUUCCAGAUGUCACACAUGGAAAGGUCACCCCUGGGAGAAGAUGUAGCCAUCAUGCUCACAGAGCAAAAAGAAGAGUUGGAGAAGCUUGUACAAGCUACCAGGAUGUUAAGCAGAAUCUUCAUUGAUGAGGGGAAGUUAUGUAGCCAGCCACUCUGGGGGCAAAUAGUUGAGCUAUGCAGAUCCGCAGCAGCAAUCGAGUCCCGUGCUGUUGGCUCUGUGAAUAGAAGAGAAAAUGGGAUAGAAUCCCGCAGGGACGACGUAAACUUCACCCCUGGACCAUUAAUUCUCAGGAUGAACGAGAGUGGAGGUGGGGAUGACAUGAUAGCACCUGAAGAUGAUGAGGCUUCAUCACCCCGGCCUUCCACACCGCAGGGACAGCCACUAAGACGCUCACAGCAGAUUAGCCCGCAAGGGCAACCCGUGUACCUUGCGCUAGAAGAUGAUGAGGCUUCAUCACCCCGGCCUUCCACACCGCAGGGACAGCCACUAAGACGCUCACAGCGGAUUAGCCCGCAAGGGCAGCCUGUGUACAGAGGACAAGACGGACCUGCACCCAAAAAAAAAAGAAAUUCGAAAAGAAAAGCUAGAGAUGAGGAAUGUGACGAACUGAUGAACUCCCCGCCAGAGCAACCCAUCACCAGUCAGGGCUCGCCAGUCAGGGCUAACCCCGCCAGCCUAACAACCCAGUCCCAGGACCGACGAUUAGGCGACCGAAGGGAGGCCUUCAGAUGGAAAGAGAGGGCCUAUUUCUUGGAGCAGCUGCUAAAUGCAACACUGCAGGAACUGGGGCAAUGUGUGGCCCAAUUAAGAGGGGGGAUGGCGGAGGAGGAGGCCGCAGAGCACCUCCAUAGCCUCUUGGAAAAGAUGCAGUGCAAACUAGACAUACCGAUGGAUGUUUGAUACUGCCCCUCAUAAUCUACUGCCACUGCUACAAGAGAUACAAGAGAUAUCAACUGCUACACCCAACCACCAGAGCCAACAUGCCAGUCAUUAAUAGCCUCCACACCACCAUAGUUCAUAAGUAAUAUAUAAAAAUUGAGAAACUGUUAUAUGUUAUUUAGCCUCUACACUCAAAUAUUAUGACAAUGAUAAAUUUAUUUUAAGUUGUAUUUAUGAUUCAACCAGCGAAUAUCAUGUAGUUUACAUUUAUUAUCCCCCACCAAAGGCAGAGGGAUAUUGUUUGGCGUUGUCCGUCUGUCCGUCCUUCCCUCCGUCCGUCCGCACUUUUGUGUCUAGAGCCAUAUCUUCGAAGUGCUUUGGCGGAUUCCAUUGAAACUUGGUAUGAGUAUAUAUAUGAAUAAGAGGAUGAUGCAUGCCAAAUGGCAUUGUACACCAUCUGUUAAUAACGAAGUUAUGGCCCUUUGUAUGUUGAAAACAUGCUUUUUUCUGUGACAAAGCUAUAGUUUGGCGGGAGAUAUCACAAAUUCUUCGCAUUUACUUGUUGUAAAUAUAUUGUCUCUAAAUUAGUUUCAAGGUUUUUACAUGGUUAAGUAUUUUACGCCGUUUUACACUCUUUAUGACAUGUAUU